AUGGACAUCCCGCCGCUGGCCGGCAGGAUCGCGGCGCUGUCGCUCGGCGCCCUCCCGCUGUCCUACGUGCUCAACCAGGUCUCGGCGCUCUCGCAGCCCCUGUGGGUGGCGCUAAUGAGCGCCCUGAUCCUGGGCCUACUGUUUGUGGCUGUCUACAGCUUGGCCCGUGGGGAAAUCAACUACGACCCGCUCUACGCUGUCUUUGCUGUCUUUGCCUUCACGUCUAUGGUGGACCUCAUCAUCGCUUUGCAGGAAGAUGGCUACGUGGUGGGUUUCAUGGAGUUCUACACCAAGGAGGGUGACCCGUACCUGCGUACCGCCCAUGGCAUCUUCAUCUGCUACUGGGAUGGCACCGUCCACUACCUCCUGUACCUCGCCAUGGCAGGUGCCAUCCGCAGAAGGAAGGGAUAUCGGAACCUGGGCCUGUACUGGCUGGGCUCUCUGGUCAUGAGUAUCUUGGUUUUCCUCCCAGGAAACAUCCUUGGCAAGUAUAGCUCCGAGCUCAGGCCCGCCUUCCUGCUGGCCAUACCCUAUAUGCUCGUCCCAUGCUGGGCUGGCAUGAAGGUCUUCCAGCAGCCUCGGGUGCCCACCUGCUGCACCCCCGAAGCAGUGCAACAAGAACAGCGGAAGGGGCUCCUGCAGCGGCCGGCUGACCUGGCCUUUGUCCUGUACCUCAGCCUGGCUGCCAUCUUCACCUUCUUCCGGGGUCUGGUGGUCCUCGAAUGCCCCACGGAUGCCUGCUUUGAAUACAUCUACCAGUACGAGCCGUACCUGCGGGACCCUGUGGCUUACCCAAAGGUGCAGAUGCUGACGUAUCUGUUUUACGUCCUGCCCUUCUACGUCCUGGCCAUCUACGCCCUCGUCUUCCCCGGGUGCUCCUGGCUGCCCGACUGGGCACUCGUGUUUGCUGGCGCCAUCGGCCAGGCACAGUUCUCCCACAUGGGCGCGUCCACGCACCUCCGCACGGCCUUCACCUACCGCGUGCCCGAGGACGCCUGGGCCUGCUUCUUCACCUGCAACCUGCUCUACGCGCUGGGGCCCCACCUGCUGGCCUACCGCUGCCUGCGGCGGCCCUCCUUCUUCCUGCCCCCGCCGCCCCCCGGGGGGGCCCCGGACCCCCACAAGAAGAAGCUCUAA